CCUGCAGGAUGAAACAUGAGUUAUAGCAUCUCUCCCACAAAGCGAUCCCAGCCCUGCCUGGAGCGCAGGCCUAGGUGGAAAAAACUCCUGGAUCUGGAUAAAUGCAGGGAAAAAUACAAAGUCAAGGCGCUCAGGGAACAUCGGAUGCUGCGGAGCUCCCGCGCUGGCCUCCUCCCAUGGGCAGCAGGUUGGCUCCUGGGAGGAGUGGCAGCACAGGAAGGUCCCCAUCCCUGUCCCUGUCCCUGUUCCCGCAGAGCUGCCUCAGCAGGCAGCAGCUCCUGGCUGCCAUCCGGCAGAUGCAGCAGCUGCUGAAGGGGCAGGAGACGCGGUUCUCCGAAGGGCUGCGCGCCGUGAGGAGCCGCCUGAGCACCAUCCACGCCUCCCUGGCCAAGGCCGCCCCGGAGCCGCCCCCCGCCGCCUGUCCUGCCCUCCAAGCCCCUGUGGAUGGGAGGAAGUUCGGCACCAAAUAUUUGGUGGAUCACGAGGUUCACUUCGCCUGUGAUCCAGGAUUCCAGCUCCUGGGCUCCAGCACUCGGAUAUGCCAGGCCAACGGCAGCUGGACAGGGCAGGAGGCCCGCUGUGCAGAGAUCAGAGAGUGCUCAAGCAGCCCCUGCCAGAAUGGCGGGACGUGCCUGGAGGGUCUCAACCACUUCAGAUGCCUCUGUCCCCCGCAGUGGACCGGGACCACGUGCCAGUACCAGGCUCAGACUGCUCCUCCCACCUGGAGCGUGACGGGCGACCCGGCCUUCAGCCGGCAGCCCCGCUGUGCCCAGAUCGCCCAGACCCAGCAGUGCAGCUGCGAUCCCGGCUUCCACAUGAGCGGCACGGCUUCCAACGGGAUCUGCCAGGACCUCAACGAGUGCGAGGUGUACCAGCAGCAAGGGGGACCCCGGCUCUGUGCCCACGCCUGUGUCAACAUUCCCGGCUCCUUCCACUGCUCCUGCCCCGCCGGAUACGUCCUGCUGGGCGAUGGCAAGAGCUGCGAAGAUAUUGACGAGUGCUCCCUAUCCCAGGACAACUGCACGAGCGGGAGCACCUGCAUCAACACCGGGGGGGGAUUCCAGUGCGUCACCCCGCAGUGUCCCCCGCCCGCUGGCAACGUCUCCUACGUCAAAACCUCCCCCUUCCAGUGCGAGCGCAACCCGUGCCCCAUGGAGAGCCGCUCGUGCCACCAGGCCCCCAAAACCAUCUCCUUCCAUUACCUCCCUCUUCCCUCCAAGCUCCAGACUCCGGCGCCGCUGUUCCGCAUGGCCACGGCGGCGGCUCCCGGCCGGCCGGGCUCCGACAGCCUCCGCUUCGGCAUCGCGGGCGGGAACAACCGCGGGCACUUCGUGGUGCAGCGCUCGGACCGGCACACCGGGGAGCUGCUGCUGGUGCAGAGCCUGCAGGGGCCCCGCACCGUCCACGUGGACGUGGACAUGGCCGAGUACCUGGAUCGCGCCUUCCAGGCCAAGCACCUCUCCAAAAUCACGCUCUUCGUCUCGGCUUAUGAGUUCUAGGUGUGGCUCCUGCUCCCUGCUCGGCAUCCCACGGCUCCCAGGGGAAGUCCAGGCUGGAGCUGCUCUGUAGACAUCCGGUCCCUCCCCUCUGUCCCAAAGUUCUUCUUCUAUGUGUAUCUAGGUGGAUUUACACCACCAAAUGAGGUGGACAAGCAGUGGGAAGCCCCAUCCUCAUCCUGGCUCCACAGCCCUGAUUUCCUUUGAAUUCCCAUUUUUUCCUUCGAAUUCCCAUUUUUUCCUUUGAAUUCCCAUUUUUUCCUUCAGGAAGCAGUGAAGCCAAGUGUGUGGGAAGAGGGAGGCUCGUGGCCUUUCCUGCUCCCACCUUGAUGCACCCAGUCCUGCUCCCUAAAAAUACACUUCCACUUCCCUUUGGAUGCUGAGAAUCCCCCUGGCAGCCUGUAGGGAUCGAGGUCUGGUGCCUCAAUCCCCUGGGAUUGAUCAGGGCUGGAGCACUCCAUGAACAUCCACCCGGGUGCCCUCCUUGGCAAGCGGGGCAAAGGAGGAAUUCCAGGGCUAUCCCUGCUCCUUAAACCUCUCAAAUGGGGAUCCCCCAUGGAUCCUCCUCACAGCAGAGCUUCAGCUGCAUGUGGAGGUGGGAAUAUUCCCUGCUUCAUCAGUAAGAGCCUCCAUCCUGACGUAGGAAUGCUGGGAAGAGCUGGCAUUCAGCUUUUCCCAGGGGGAUUCACCCUCCUGCUUGUGCAUGUUCUGCAUGUUCCCUCAUCCCACUGGAUUUAGUACAAUUAAAGGAUGAUGUAAAGGA